AUGCUUGCUCUAGGCUCUAGCACUACAAUGAUUGGGGAAGGAUCGGGUGUCUUACUCUUAGAAGAACUUGAACAUGCAAAGAUGAGAAAGGCUAAAAUAUAUGCUGAGUUUUUGGGUGGAAGCUUCACUUCUGAUGCUUAUCACAUGAUAGAGCCACAUCCAGAAGGAAGUGGAGUUGUUCUCUGCAUAGAAAAGGCCUUGGCUCAAUCUGGGGUGAAACGUGAAGAUGUCAACUAUAUAAAUGCUCAUGCUGCAUCAACGCCAGCCGGUGACCUGAAUGAAUAUCAGGCCAUUCUGCAUUGUUUUGGGAAGAACCCUGAACUUAAAAUAAAUUCAACAAAGUCCAUGACUGGUCAUCUCCUUGGGGCUGCUGGUGCUGUGGAAGCCAUCGCAACAGUCAAGCCUAAAAUAAACUCAACGAAGUCCAUGACUGUUCACCUCCUUGGGGCUACUGGUGAUGUGGAACAUUGCAACAGUUAAGGUAAUAAAGUUUAAGAUCAUUGCAUACAAAUACCUAAUACAAGCUUAAGAUGAACUUCUAAACUCAGAGAGGGAUGAAAUGUUUAGAUGAAAAAUUACAAAAGUUUAUGUUUCUAUCUUAGUAGCUGGUGUUGUAGAAGCCAUCACAACAGUUCUGAGGUAAUAAAGUUUAAGAUUGUUGCAUACAAAUACCUUAUACACGCUUAAGAUGAACUUUUAAACUCAUAGAAGGAUGAAAGCUUUAGUCAGAAAAUUACAUAAGUACUAGGUAUGCUUUUUUUAAAUAAGUAAAGGCACCAGGUAUGUUUUUGUGAUUGUUUUAAUAAGUAAAUGCCCCAGGUAUGUUUUUAUGAUUGGGAAUAAAAUUUCAGAAAAUAUUUUAGAAUUACCGCAACUAAUUUAGAAUCAGGCAUUAUUGUUGUAUAUUUAUGAGGUCGUCAAUACUUAGUAAAAUGAUUGCUGGCUGUUGUAAUGUAACUUCUUCAAAUGAUGGCUUGCUGCUUUUUGCUGGCUGGCUGUUGUAAUGUAACUUCUUUGAAUGAUGGCUUGCUGUUUUCUUGCUUCAUAACAUAUUUGUUGGGCCUUAAUGUAAUUUUAUAAUGGAUAUGCUUGAAGAGAGGAAAAUUAUUAUACAUUUUUA